AUGCUGGCGAACAGGAGCUUCACAGUAGCUCUGGUGCUUCUGAGCACCUUAGCAUCGUGUGCUGUGGCAAAUGACAACAACCAGACGGCAAGGCCACAACCUGUGGAAGGAUCUACUGAAUGGUGGAACAUGAUGAAGGAGGAGGAGAGUCGUAGGACCGGGAAGAAGGUCUGGGCGUGGGACCUCGAAACCCCCCGAUGGCACUUCCUGUGGUACAACGAGAGCAAGUACGAAGGCUGCUGGGAGGAGGCGAUGGAUCUGGAUCAUGACCCUCCCGAAGAUCCAGACAUCAUGAACAUGGAGCCAGUGCCGCGAUCCGCCAUGCCGCAGUGGUGGACCCCGACACCUUGCGGCACCUUGAACCUCUCGAGCCCCUACACGCAGCAUUGCUUCCCUCCGGAUGGCUCGAGCCACCACGUCUGCUGCGUUAGCAUACAACUUCCUGCCACCCUCCAUGCCGAGCCCAUCAAAGACGCAGCGUUCGUGAAGCUGGAAGACAUGAUCCGGGCCGCCUCCCACCCGAGCAGCUACUCCUGGUGCACCUGCAACCAGUUCAUCUGUGAGGAGCUGCUGGGAGGGCGUGUCCAAUGGGAUCAGCACGCCCUUACCAACCACCGCUUCGUGAUGGAGGAGUCCAUAGCCGGCAUCGAUCCUACCGUUCAAGACCUGGUGUUCGGAGGGAUGGACGCCGUGUUCGAGCUCACCAACCGCCCCCUCCCUGAGACAGACCCGUAUGAUACCCCUAUGGAGGAGUGGGCUCCUCGCAAGAUGAACCUGAGCACUUGCGUCGACACCCUGGACGAGAAGAUUUACAGCAACACUGCCAUGUGUCACAUCCCCUUCUGCCCUCUCUCAAGCUGGCCGGCGGAUGUACAACGGAUCCGUGGCUCCCCGGCCUGGCCGGUACUGGUCGGACCCGGUACCUGCCCCGGCCCGGCGACACUCGGGAUGGCACACGGGUACAGGGUCCUGGUAGCCAGCCUGGUAGCUGGGAACCUCACGCCAAGAAAUGGCGUCGGGGGCCGUGCUCACUACAGAGUUGUUGAGGAACAAAAUGACCGGCAUGAUAUUUCUUGGUUCCAGAUUACACUGUCAAAUUCGAAGCCAUCGAAGAGUCGUCAAGAUGAGGAACAAGAAUCAGCAAAUGGUGCAGUGGAAUUGAACCGCGGGGGAGAGCAAAAAAAGGAAGAAUUCUACAGAACAACUGAGGCAUUGCCUAAUCACAUGACGACAAGAUGCUUCGUGGACUCUUUUCUCAAGAAGAAUAUCAUAGUAGAUCUUCCAGUAUCAACAACUGCUAGGUAUUUAGUUUGUCCGAAGUCUGUGGAGGGAUGGCUCGCGUGGUUAACUACCACCAAAGAAGCGUUCAAAGCUGGAAACAUGGAUUUCUAUCUAGCUGAUGCUGACAACCAGACUUACUCGAGUUUGAACUUGCAGAGAGAGAAUUACUUAGAAUCACUCAACAUGGUGGCCAUCCAAUCGUUGGGCGAGAGCGAAAGGAAAUUGAUUCAAGCUGACCUCAAGUUUGCCCGUGACAGAAUGCAUUCGCUGGCAGAAAUGACUGAACAUGAAGAAACAUGCUCUCAAGCCGAUGCACAAGAAUUUCAAAAUCGUAGGUUGAAGGGGAAGCCAGAUAUUGGGUUUGCGAAUGCAUCGCCUUGUGGAGAUAAGGAAGCACUUGAAAAGAUGGAAGACACUGCUAGGGCAUUUCUUGAGGCUGCAGUAGAUGAAGAUCUCACCUGGAGAACCUUUCUGCCAGCAGAGGUUGAAGAAGGAGAAUUUACCCUGUUCCACGUUUUUCAGACAGUUUUUCCUAGUUGCGCUCAUCCGAUUCAUGGUCUGAAGAUUGAACAGUUUAAUGCUCUUGCCAAGGAGCUUUUUCCUGUUCGAGAGAACGUGUUUCCAGGUACCAUAAGGUUUGAGCCUAUCCUUUAUCUGAUGACUUUGAAAGGGAUUAAGAAGAUCUUUCUUGGUGCUAGCUUGCGAGACGUGAAGGCAGAUGGCGAAGGGAGCAAGUUCUGGAGAACUUUUGUGCAAUGUCUCGGUGUCAACGAAAAACGAGUCGAGGAAAUCCAAGAUAUCAUACUUCAAUAUAAAGAGGCUUGGGAAAGCCGUCUGGAUGAGUUGUUGCAGAAAUUGCCUGCUCAUCUGGAUUUUCUUUCAUUGAACAACUCUAGAAAAUUAGCGAAGGCAGACCAGUGUAACACGCAACCCAACAAAUCCCUAGAUGAAAUCUUUGCUGUGAAGGAAACAGUUGUUGAAUCUGAGCUCUCUGCGGCCGCUUCGACUUCAAAUGAUCCAUCUCAAACACAGGCAGAAGCGGAUGAUGGGAAACCGCCAACUUCUGAUGCGCCAAUUCGUGCUGGAGACUGGGUCAUGCUGCAUUCGUUGAGGAACAGUACAGACUACAACUCAAGCAUUGGGAUUGUGCUGUUAUGGAAUGUGCACGAGGAGAUGUUCAAAGUGAAACUUCUCGAAGGACAAACCGUCAUGUUAAAAACAUGCAAUCUCAUCAAGAUCUUUGGACCAACUGGUAAUCAACAGGCCUCAGGCGCAAACGAUUCCAAAGCUGCAGAGCUCAAUCAGACUAAGGAUUUCAAAAUUAUUGCUUGUUUGAACAAGCAUGCCGAAAGGGAGUUCACCAUCGUUACCUCAGGCAACGCUUCAGAUGUUAUUGAGAAAGUCAAACUCUUGGAAACAACAGAUAAUACUGAAAGCAUUUCUGCUUUUCGUGAGAUGCAGAAGCAUGGUCUACACUGUGUAGGGAAACAUAUGGGAAAGCCGUUGCUGAUUGGUCAUACUGUAUCGGAAUCAGACUUGAAGGAUGGAGAAAGUUGGAGAAUUUCAUUUCAGACAGCGAGUGUAAUUCUUGACAAGAUUUCAAAUUCAAACGUGGACCUUUUGAAAGGUAUGCAGUUUCUACCUGAGCAAGCUGCUGUGCAACUAAGUUGA